UUGGGCAAAAUGUUAGCUCAACAGUGAACAGUGUAAAAACAAGCGUUACUUGGCAACUCUAUAGUUGUUUUGUCUUUGCUGCCAACUUAGUUAAUAUGCUGCAAUCGAACCGUGUAUUACAAAAGGAGCAGGCUGACUUAUAUGCCAUAGAAAGGAAGCUAGUCAAAGUGCUUCCGGUUGUUCAGGAAGCCUUGAAUUCACUUAAGGUGGAGGAGCUGCAUUUAAAAUCACAGUCGGUACAUCGAACAAUCUCUAUGGUUCCAUCUAGUUAUAAUCUUGAAGUUGAUACUGAAGCCUCUGAACAAAGCAUAGUUACUCCCAACGAGCAAAUUAAUCGGCAGCAAAUUGACUUGGAAUUAUUCGGAAGCGAGUUGCAGACGUUUGAAGUGGAAACCGAUUCGGACUAAUCAAUUUCACAGCUGUUAGUCAUUUAUUGGUACGAAUUUAGCUAAGUUAAAAGAAUUCAAAAAACAAAUGCGUUCUAAUUUUAAGUAACUUAGAUUAUUUUAAAAGAAAUUAAUUAUGACAUGUUGCAAUUUUUUGUUAAUCUGGUGAAAGCACCCGGGAAAAAAAUAAACUAAACUACUAAAGCUAGGCUAUGUAUUAUA